CCCUGCCCCUGCCCCUGCGCUGCGCUGCCCACCGCUCCUCCGCCUGCUCCGGCCUCAGCUAAAACCGAUGGGUGGUGGGAGCCGAGCCCUUUCCCUCUCCUCCCUCUGCGCCACCACCCUCGCCGCCGCCAAGCCCCCGCAGCACCCUUUCCCCUUCGCCCCGGCCAGCCGCGCGCUCCCCCACCGCCUCGCCGCCGCCAUGUCGUCCUCGUCCUCCCCGACCCCCGCUGCGCCCGCCGCAUCGGGCGACGCCGGGGCCCCGGCGCCUUCGGCGUCCAACGCCAUCGACUUCCUCACGCUCUGCUACCGCCUCAAGACGACCAAAAGGGCGGGCUGGGUGAAGCGCGGGGUGCAGGGGCCCGAGUCGGUGGCCGACCACAUGUACAGGAUGGGCGUCAUGGCGCUCGUCGCGGCCGAUCUACCCGGCGUCGACCGCGACAGGUGUGUCAAGAUGGCCAUUGUGCACGACAUUGCAGAAGCAAUUGUUGGUGACAUCACCCCUUCUGAUGGUGUACCCAAGGAAGAGAAGAGCCGCAGGGAGAAAGAAGCAUUGGACCAUAUGUGCGAGGUGCUUGGUGGAGGUUCAAGAGCACAAGAAAUUCGUGAACUUUGGAUGGAGUAUGAGGAGAAUGCGUCUUUGGAAGCAAAGGUUGUCAAAGAUUUUGACAAGAUUGAGAUGAUACUUCAAGCUCUGGAGUAUGAGAAGGAGCAAGAACGAGACCUUGAAGAAUUCUUCCAAUCAACAGCAGGCAAAUUUCAGACAGACAUGGGAAAAGCAUGGGCAGCGGAGAUUGCAUCGAGAAGAAAAACUAAGUGAUCAAAAUAUCAAAUGACACUCAUUUUGGCACGUUGGUUUGAAGACAACUUGCUGGCACAGCAUUUCUGUUGAACUUUGCUUUUACUAGACGAUACUUCAAGGUGGCACUGAGACGUAGGCUUACCUUGGGAAAAAUGAACUUCACCACAUUUCUUGGUUCUGCUCUGAUCCUGAGGCAUAUUGGGCUUGCGAUACCACUGUACCAGGGCUCCAGAUAAGCCACUUGGGUAAGGAGUUAUAUUGGUUGUAGCCUGUAGGUGCUCCUGUCACGAGCAAUUAGCUGGAUCCAACGUGAAUCAGCACCAUCUCGUGGUGAUGUAAAAUCCUACUUCUUGAAUCACUGUACCAUUACCGUUUCCUCUUGUUAAUCCAGUUUCAUGGUUUCGGCCAUUUUUACAUUUAAUUGUGCUAUUAUUUUCAAGCAUAAUGAACCUGAAUCUAUUUUGGUUGUU